AUGGAAGGUAAAAAUCCUGAGACGGAUGUCGCAAUUGAUGUUUUACGAGUGCUUAUAGUUCUCUACAGAAUGUCACAUAGUGUUGAACCCAGUGAUCCCAGCUUACCUCCACUCACACGUGAAUCAACUGCUUCAUCUAACUCAUCAGGACAUCAGAAAAAAUACUCUUUGAAAAUACGAAGGGGAGAGACUUUUGGCGAUUUUUACGCGAGACUUAUCAAUUGCUUGAAGAUGGUUGCUAGAAAUGAGAUCACCACUACUAUACCGAAACCCACCAAAGAAUGUUUCCUCGCGUUCCUGUCGGCGUACUCCACGAUGCCUCAGAUAUUGGACUCCCCACAGACUUUGGUUGGUUUAUUCUCGCAAGUGGCUGCCAAAAGAAACCUCGAAGUUGCGUCUACCACACGAGAGUUUAUUAAUUUCAUUUUGAGCGAAUGUCGUCCUGAUCUGGAACUUUCUUCGACAUUUGCAAAGAUCAGAGACAGCUUGAUCGUUCCACAGGAUACGGUUGAACCUGCAAAAUUGCCCCUGGUGGGAACUUUCUUAGCUGUAUUUGGCAAGGAUUCUGAUUGGCUUGACGCCAAAGUGGCGAAACACAAAAGCGAAUCAGUUGGUGCGGUCUAUUAUGAAGUGUUUGACACGGCCAUAUUGCCGUUCUCUGCAGAUAGUUUCCCUAACGAGAAGGCAUAUCGAAAGUGGCUUUCCAAGGACCAGCAGGAGAGGUUAAAAAUUAAGGAAGGACUUCCUAGAAAGGGAAUACGAGGAAAUGGCAAACAGGCCUUCCCCACAAAACCUUACGCAACUCUCGCCGAGUUGUGUAAGCGAUGCGUUAAUUAUUGCAUAGAAAACAGCAAGCCGCUCGAUGAAGAAAUACGCAAAUUAAUAAACGAGUGCAGUAUUUUGUGGUUGAUUGACCCAUUCUCGGAGUCUCUUCAGUUCUUGACCUCUGCUUAUCAUGUUGGAGUUGAACGGAUAGAAGAAGUUGCAUUGCUCCAGGUGUUUACUGUAUCUGAGCAGCUUGCUUUCGAGAGAAAGUACUACAACGAUCUCGAAAACUGGCCUUCUGCUCACCAAAAUAGCUGGAGAAAGCUUUUGAACGCAUUUUAUGUGUUGAGUCUUGAGAAAUUGCAGAGCAUGACCAAGACGUUGCAUGAAAGGCACAAGCUGUUUGAUCCACUUGUGAUUUUCGUCCAAUCAAACAUACUGCGUGACCCUCUGUUCACUGACAGAUCGAAUGACUUGCCGGAGCGACUGCGUCACUGCAUUACUUUGUCUGCAAAACAAUCAUAUGAAUCAAUCCCCAAAGAAUACACUGGCUUCUUGCGAUUAGAUUCGUAUCUACGCAAAGUAACUGAAACAUUCUCAAUUGCAAGACGAACUUGCAGGCAUGAGAUACAGCCCGGGUUCAAUAUAAGCAAGUUUUUUGCGGAAGAAUCCUACAAAAUAGCAUCGUCGUUGGCCCAGGAUUGCUUGGGGUCCAAGGAAUCGCCGCAUGAUAUACGAGAGCUGAAUUCGAUUGUCAUGAAUUAUUCUGCCUUGAAGUUAUUUGCUGGUUUCAAGGAUUAUAGCGCGGACGAAAAGGUGUUUUUUGCGUUUGCAGCGUCUCUCAUAAAAGACUUGAACGAGGGACUCUUGAAACAUAUCACCAAAUUCGGAGACAACGAUACUUUCACAAGACAAUCAGAUGAGAUUCGGUUUAGCAGUAUUGUUAUCGACAUUUUUGACCUUUGUAAAGCACAUCGCGAUCUUGCGCUUUGGCGAGGAGAUGAUGCGCUACUCAAAGCCAAAGUGUCUGCUAUGGCAUACGAAGGAAUUGCGGAAGCGAUCAUCUUGUAUUCUAACAAGCUGCUUAACAAGAUCCAGCAAAACCUCCAGAGCUCUGCUCAGACCGUUCGUCUAAUGUCAAAAGUUGUUUUCGAGCAAGAAAGUUGCGUGGCCCUGAACAACUUGAACACAGUGUUGAAAGAGCUAAACGCCAUAGAGGAGGGAGCUGAUUUGGACUUAUUGUCUGAUAUAUUGGAGAGACAUGAAAAAACUGCAAGAAAGAGGGUAAGAGGCAAUAGGAUGAAUCUGACUGUGAGUAUAUUGCAAGCGGAUCUGGUAGUACCCGUGACAGAGUCAUCCAAUGUGUUUGCAGCCGUUUCUGUUGCUGACAAGAAGUUAAAAACGAGAUCAGUGCCCCUUUGUGCUAGUCCGCGUUGGGCAGAGGAACUGGAAUUCGAAAUAACGAAUCCUAGAGAACCUUUUUAUGUGGAAGUAAGAGGGGGGAAGAAAUUGUACAUGGACUCCAAAUACAUCCCAGAUCUCUUGAGAAUAAAACAGAGGGGUGUUCCGGUGAAGUCCACGGUUCAGGACCGCAAUUCCAAGGCCAAACUCCACAUUGAAGUGUUCCUAGAAGAUAGAAAGGAAAACCCAGUUUUUUUCAUGGGAAGAGCUCGUCGUAUUCUUUUGAGAGAUAGAGAGAUUGCAUUAUCUCUUUUUGCCCUCAAGUUGUGUGCCCCUGCUCUAGAUCUCAUGUUAUCUCGUCAACUUGAUGAUGAGUCCACUUUCUCUGUUUUUGAGUACCUCGAUCAGAAUUUGAUGGUGCUAUCAAAUACCCUGACAAGCGACUCCUUCGAAGAUGUCAAGGACAAAUCCUGGAACUCUUUAUAUGGGGCAAGCUUAGCGCUGCUUCUGCCAUCAUUUGACGAGAUUCGCGACGACCCAGAUACAACGGCUGUGGACAACCUGAUCGACCGUUUCAUGGUAUUCGGAGGUUUUGGGCCUCGGAAGGCCAUCCUGGACCCCAAUUUACUAAUUUCAUGGAUGGCACAAUUGAAAGGGAUUAUAUAUGGUGUCUCUGACUCAAGCUCAGAGGACAUGAAAGUGUUUGAUGAGAUCUUAGGGUGGUACGAACUUCCCAUUGAGGAGCUUAGACAUCUGUACAUCUCCAAGCAAAAGUCGCUUUCAGGAAAGCCAGUUUCCGUUGUUUCAAGAAACCUCUCCAGACGAGCCUCUAUGAGGAUGGGUUCUCGGAGUAUCAGACAACGUGAUGCUGACGCCUUGAAACAGCUCAAACAAACUGAGACCAUAAAAGUCAGAGAAGCUUGCGACCGCAUCCUCAAAGUUUUGCUGGCAAAGGAUGAUAAGGCAUUUGUGAGACAGGAAUUAGACACAUUGAACAGUAGACAAAGUAAUGUAAUGAGUGAAUAA